CAUAUUUUUUUCCCUAUUUUGUUCCUGUUAAAACUCUCUCUCUCUCUCCCCCUCCCUCUGCUCCGUCGAGAGACACCCCUCCUGCCUCUUCCUCUCCCUCUCUGGAUCGAAUUCCCCACCAGAAAAAAAACUAAGAAAAUCCUCAAAAUCUAUCAUAUUUUCUGGUUUUAAUUCUUCAUCUUUAUUUGGAAAAUAAAAAAGAAAAAGGAAAGGCUUCGUUCUUUCUUGCUCUGUAUCUCGAGGAUUCGAUACCAAGAGACUGUCGGUUGCGUUCUGGGAGAAACCAAUUUAGGGUUUUACUUCUUUAAUUUCCAUUCAAUUAUCGUCUUCUCCUUCUUCUUCAGGUUCUUUUCUCUUCAAUUACGUUUAUUGAUUGAUCUGUCUAUUCGUUUUUUAUAUUCUAUUUAUCGCAAACCCUAAUUAAUUAGGAAAAAAAGAAAAAAAAACUUUGACUGGUUGUAUAGAUAAAACAUCGUCGUUUCCAUUGGUUAUAGUUUUUCUCACGUACAACAAGAAACUCUUUGAAAUUUUUGGUUGCGUUGUUUUAGUUUGCUAUCCGGAAUCGAGGAUUUUCUUGUUGGGUCCGUUUUUCUUAAUCCUCUUCCUUCUAUCUUUGAUUUUUUUGUCUGAUUAGAUUUUUUUUUGGCGUUUUUGGGGUUGCUGAGUAUAUCUUGUAAACAUACACGAAAAAAAAAAACAUUGAGAUUAGGUUAGCGUAGAAUGGCGUUGAAUUUUUCGCAUAGACCCCUCUUUCCUCCUCGUCUAUCUGAGGAUAAUUUGGUAUCACCGAUGAGGAUUUCGAUACAGGAGAAAGUGGAGGAUUGUUUUGAUUAUGGAAGGGAUAGGAAUGGCUCACAGGAGUCUAUGCAUAAGGAUAUUCUUGAUCUUUUGCCCUCGGAUCCCUUUGGCAUGGAUAUGAGUACGACAUUUACUGCUAUAACGGGGUGGCUUGAGGAUCUGGAGGUGGAUUAUCGUGGUUAUGGUAGGGAUCAGGUUUCCACGAGAGAUGGAAAUUAUCAGUUAUUUGCUGACUUGAAUUUUAUUUGCAAUAAUGCCAUGUGGUUUCAAGCAUUUCCUGGGAACAUGGGGUUCGAUUUAUCUAACGUAGUGGGUGGGUAUGGUGAUGAGCGUUUGGAGGCGAAUGAAGUUGGGAAUGCAUCUCAUCAAGAGUCUCCUGGAUCAGAUUGUGACAUGGAGGAUGGUUUGAGUCCGGGAAAUGAAAUCAUAGACAAUGAAACUGUUGGGGUUGUGGAUGAGAGCAGUGGAGAAUUCCAAAAUGGUCAUUUGGUUUGCUCUGAUGGAGAUAAAGAAGCUCCUCAUGCAGCUUUUGCUUUUGCUCUUGGUUAUCUGGGUGUGCGGGAUCUUCUUGUUGUUGAAACUGUUUGCCGAUCCCUGCGUUCUACUGUUCAAAGUGACCCGCUUUUAUGGAGGAGUAUCCACAUAGAUCAACCAUUGAAUGAGAAGAUCACUGAUGAUGUUCUUUUGCAAUUAACCAAUAGGGCUCAAGGCAACUUGCAAUGUUUGAGCCUAGUGGAGUGUCCAAGGAUUACUGAUGAUGGGUUGAAGCAUGUGCUCGAAAAUAAUCCAAGGCUGACCAAGUUGAGUGUACCUGCAUGUACAAGACUCAGCAUCGAGGGCAUUGUAACUAGCUUAAAGGCAUUCAAAGCUACGGGGGCUCAUGGGGUGAAGCACUUGCGCAUUGGUGGGCUCUAUGGUGUGACGCAGAAACAUUUUGAAGAGUUAAUGUUCUUGUUGGGCCCAGAUAGCCACAUCCAACAGAAUGCUCACAAGCCACAUUUUUAUCACAGAGGAAAUCUUUAUCUGUCAUGUGAGGAUGAUCGUGCAAUUGAUAUUGAAAUGUGCCCAAGAUGCCAGAACUUGAGGCUAAUAUAUGAUUGCCCUGUAGAGGGUUGCCAGGGAAAAGAGCAUCCUUCUCAGGCUUGCAGGGCUUGCAGCCUUUGCAUUGCACGAUGUGUUCAGUGUGGCCGGUGUAUUAAUGACAGCGAAUACGAGGAAACAUUUUGUCUGGAGUUGCUUUGUUCAGAUUGUUGGAAACAGCUGCUGAAAUGCUAGGAGAUGCAGGAUAGGAAGAUUGGCCCCCUCAAGUCUCUUGAGCUCCCUAAAUCUUACUGCAGUCUUUGUGUUCAUUGCUAGAGACAGAUAAGCCUGCUUAUGUGUUCUGUUUACUAGUUCAGAAUCAUUGAUCAUCCAAGAAGAAAAUAUGAGGCAGCCUUCUCGGAUAAUGGUUCCCUUUCAAUCUUGAUCCACAACCCCCCCCCCAGGAGUUCGGUGAGCCUCUCUGGUGCAGCUGUUAGAUUUCAAGUGGGGAUAAGUUCAUUUGGAGUCAAGUAUAUGCGAAUUUAUAUUAUUUUGUGGAAAAGGAGAUGCAACAAAAAAAAAGGAACAGAAACCGAAAAGAGAACAGAUAGUAACGGAUUUUGAGUGGUUGAUUAGUUCUCCAUGCACUGUUGGCAGCUAUAAGUAUCACUCUUGUCCGUGGUUCAUCUUUUUUUUAAUCAUACCUAGUAAGAGAGGAUCAGUUUCACCUGUGUGUGUUGUUCAGAGCUGGCAUAUGUACCUGCAUGGAAGUUGGGGUGUGGCAUAGUAAGCGCUCUCAGGGUUAUGUAAAUUUCUUUGAUGAUUGAAAUUGUGGUGUCUGUCAUUGUUCCUAAUAAACUUUUAUAUUGUCCCCAUCAGAGAUUUUUAAUUAUCUGUGAAUCUCAGCGUAUAUCAGUGAUCUCUCUGUCAGCAGAAUAGAGUGAUCGGUUUUCCUGCUGUGCACGAUUUCAUAUGAUGUUGAGGUGUGCAGUUUCAGAAUAAGCCUUUAUUUUGCGAGCGCUGUCAGCGAUGGACUGUGGGACCAUGGGAUGAUCUGCUGCUUCUGUUACUGGUAGAUUGCUAGUUUGAUAUGUGAUCUUAUUCUUGGCUCCUAGCUUGCUUUCCUUGUAGGAUAUCUAUUUUUCCCAACCAUGGUGGAUAUGUAUUAACUUUGAUAUUAAGGUACUGUAUUUCAGUGCUUCCAUUGAAAGAUUUUAUGGGCCCAAUAGUGGGUGCCGAACUGUCACCUCACCUUUUCAAUUAUAAAAAGAAAAAGAAUUUGCUUUUCUAUUAGUG